GCGUAAACGUGUGCGAACAGGUCGCGGGGCGGCCUGAGGCUGGGCAGGCCGAGGUGGGGAGGGAGAUGGCAGGGGAAGCUGAGGCCCAGAAAUGUCUGGGGCCCGUGUAGGAGUUGCAUGAAGCCCCGGGGCGUCUCGCCAUGCUGAGGGAAUGGCUAUGGUUGUGUCACCAGCUGUGUGUGGCGGAGCUGACACCUUCCGUAGACGCAUGGAGUGCCACCGAGUGCCAUCGCUGAGGAGAUUCGCUAACCUGUAACUGAGAGGAGCCUGUGUCUUACCACUUGGCAGAGUCGGUGCUGCCCCCCCAUGGAGUCUCCAGUGACGCCUGCCAUUCCCAGCAACUCCACUGUGCCCUCGCCACCUCCUCUGCAUCCGGCUGUUGCCCCAUCAGUCCAGCUCGGUUUUACCAUCAUCUGCACCGCCCUGUACGCCAGCCUCUUCCUGGUGGUGUAUGUGCAGCUCUGGCUCUUCUUUUGCUACCGCCACAAGAGGUGCAGCUACCAGAGUGUGUUUCUGUUCCUGUGCCUGUUCUGGGCAGCCCUCCGCACCACACUCUUCUCCUUUUACUUCCAGAAUGCUCUGGCGGCCAAUCACCUGCCCCUACCCGCCUACUGGCUGCUUUACUGCUUCCCCGUCUGUCUGCAGUUCUUCACUUUUGGUCUCAUCAACCUGUACUUCACUCAGGUGUUGCUCAAAGUGAGGGAGAUGUACAGUUCACAGGUGGACAGAGGACUCUGGCUGGCGCGGUGCAUGUACGGUAUGCUGAGCGCCGUCUUCCUCUGUGUCAAUGUUGUGUGCGCAGCUCUCGGCAAGGCAGGUGACGGCAGGUCGCCGAGCUUGACUUGGAAGCUGGUGCUGGUUCGGGUUUUGGUCAAUGACCUGCUCUUCAUUCUGGAGGCCCUGUGUCUGGCCGCCUUGUUGCUGCACCUGACUCGGCACUCGCGCUCCACCAGUCCGUACCUGAACAGCAAGGGGACCACUGUGUGGCGCUCAGCAGCAUUGGGAGCAGCAGUGAUCCUGCUUUUUUCCAGCCGUGCCUGCUACAACCUGGCUGUUCUUUUCCUGUCCCAAAGCCAACGGAUGGAGUCAUUUGACUUCGACUGGUACAACAUCUCCGACCAGGCAGACCUGCAAAGCCAGUUGGGCGACAGGGGCUACCUGGCUUUCGGUGCGAUCCUCUUUAUAUGGGAAGUGCUACCAACCAGCCUGCUCAUCCUUAUCUUCAGGGUUCGCCGGCCUGCGCAAGAGGUCAACAACAUGGCCAACAACAGGAUUGUACCUCGACCGUAUUUCUUUGAUGACCCUCAAGCAAGCGAUGAGGACUCAGCUCCACCCUGGGCCCACAGAACACCUCCACACUCAAGUAGCUGGUACGGCGCAGAGACCACCCCGCUUCUGUUUGCCAGCAAUCUCCCAGACCAGAGCGGCCAGCACCAUUCUCUCUACUCCACACCACAGAACUGAUCCAGACGCUCAUCGGGACCAUCAGGGUCGUGGCACAGUUGUCUUCGACGGCCUUCAUCUCAAGGACAUGGCACAUGCAGCCACCAGCCACUACCUCUCUCUGGUGGCAAGCUCUUUUGCACUGAAAAACCUCAGGAGACAGCCACAUGGCGCUGAAUAUGGAGUUUUUAAGUUUUUAAUUGCUUAGAAAGAAGUUGUCAGGACUACCUAAGAUCUCUUGAAACUGCGCUGAUGACUGAAUUUUAAAGGGAACAAAGCAUAGAGCUCUAUUCUAAACUUGCCCCUUCACAUUCCCAGAAACAGUUUGUAAGCUUUACUAGCAUUCUUUGUUGAAAUGAAUGACUACCUUCAACUCCAAGCUGGUCGAUCAGCGAGCGGCAGGAGGUGCUCACUUGAAAAGACAAAAUUAACAAAUGUGUAUGCACUUUUUAUAAGCUUAGGCGAAACGGCAAUUCAGAAAAGUCACCGUUUACUGCCCGUAUAAAAAUGACUAACAUUCAAUCUAUCAAAUCAUCAUUACGCAACAUAUAAUUUGUAUGUAGUACAACAGCACAACAUAGAGGACCAGCAAUAUUUCAUAGGGUUGACAAUUCUCACCCGUCUGGCGUGAGUCUCGCUGUCGUGACACCAAGGCAAAUCUCAUGCCAAAACACUGCCACAGCAGCAGAGAUGAAAAGGCGAAUGGAAAAGUCUGGUAUAGUAAUGAUCAAACCGAGCAAUCGACUUUGACUCCAGAGGCUGAGUAUUCAAGAACUGGGUCUUUUAUGAGGGUGUUUCCAUGGAGAUGUAUCUUAAAUUGCUCUGAUUGGUGCACGAUGCUUAUCUCCGUGUAGAAUAAAUGCUCUGUAAACAGCCAGCUAGCUUAUCGUAGUGAAUUCAGCAGAGGGGGCAGCCCAGGAACCGCCGCAACCGGGACGCGAACCCAGGUCUCUCGCACCACGGGCGACUGCGCUAACCAGUUGACUAAAGAGCCCAACCUGUAAUUCAAGGGCUAGCGAGUCUAUUACUGCAUGCACUUUACACUGCCCCUCCCCCUUUCGGGAAGCGCGUCCCCGCGCUUCAGCAUAUCAGCUCCAUGACGCCUCUGGGUGCACGCGCUUCCGAUGGCCUCAUCAUCCCACUUCUGACACCAAUGUAGCGAAUUCGGGGGGCAGCCCGGGUACUGCCACAGUCGGGACGCGAGCUCAUGGUGCGGGAGAUGCGGGUACGCGCCCCGGCUGCGGCGGUACCCGGGCUGCCCUCCCCGGAUUCGCUACAUUACAUUAGCUGUCUAACGUUAAGUGCACGACAGAGACAAUGAAAGGCAAAAUGUCACUCCGGACAGGCUACCAAAGUUGGCAACUCUGCAUACCUUUUCAUACCAAAUGCAUCUCUUUUGUUCAUUGAUCAAUGUUAAUUUAAUAUUUUUGUAGUUUGUAAUAUAUCCAUUUGGCCAAAUAACGGCCUGAUAAAGUGUAUGAUAUGUUUUCGCUGUUGCACAGUUCGUUGUGAACGUCGCGGUUGCCAAUAAAGCAGUCGU